AUGAGGACCUUCCACCAAGCGGUAUUCGAUAACUCAACAGUACAAGCUCGGAGGCACGAUCUUCGCGGUCCCGUCAAUAUCGAUCCCCAAAGGGAAGACCUAGGGAUCCCGAGUGAAACCAGAGCAUUCCAGAAUUAUAUCGAGAGGAGCGAUGCCGAGCUCAAGAGGAUACAUGCGAUCGUACAUAUGGCAACAAGCUCUGCCCCAGAUAUCGACAUGGUCAUCGAAGAAACCAGAAGGACUCCAUUUACAAACAAAAUCGCCAACAUAAGGCUGCAUCACGUUGGGAAAUUAAAAUUCCCCGAAUAUGCAGGAAACACAGACCCAAAGGCCCACGUCCGAGCUUUCCGUUUAGCAAUAUCGAGAGCACACCUCACCGACGAUGAAAAAGAAGCCGGUUACUGCCGCUUCUUCGUCGAGAACCUCACUGGGGCCGCCCUCGAAUGGUUCACUGGACUAGAAGAAAACUCGAUUGACAAUUUCACUCAGUUGGUAUCUACGUUCCUCAAACAGUAUUCAGUCUUCAUAGAGACAAGAGUUACCGAGGCAGAUCUUUGGAAUCUCAAGCAAGCACCUUUCGAGCCGUUGAGAGCGGAAGAACUAGCAGUACGAGCACCUAUCUCGUUGGAUGACGCCCUACACCGAGCCUCUUACUUCGCCACCCACGAAGAGGAGGUCGCAGCCUUAAAAGAACAGUAUAGUGCAAACAAGAAUAAUGCGACUAAAAAGCCUACUGCUCCUAAGGAACCAGCGACCAAAGGACAACAUUCCUAUGCAAUAAACAACUCACCGCAAAAAUCUUCGACAUACGACCUCAACAAAUAUUGCGCCUUCCAUGACCGCAAAGGCCAUUCGACCGAAGAAUGUCGGGCCGCGCUUUGCAGUCAGAACAGAAAUAAGAAAACCACUGAAGAAACCGGAGAGGAAGAGGAAGAGCCAGUGACUCCAAAAUCCAACCGAAAGGCCAAAGUCUCGACAAACAAAAGAGGCAGGGAGACCAAGCAGGAAUCACCGAGCUCUCUGUUAGGGGAUUUUUGGGAUGAGAUGUUGCCCCCAUGGUGGGGAUUGGUCAGAGUUGGCCGAAGGUUUGAUGGAGAAGUCGGGAGCGUCUGCAUAAAGGGUGAUGCUUCUGCUCAUACCCCAGAUGCUUAUACAGCUACUGUAGCUAUACUCGGCGUUAGUUCAGGCAGGACUUCAGUUUGCAUUCUUUGA